GUGUGUGUGUGUGUGAGCACUGAGUGUAACACUUUGAUGGUGCUCGGCCCCAAAGUUUGCAUCUCUGCUGCGGGGUUGCAUCAUCCGUUUACAUCAUCCCGCGCGAGGCUCGAUAGUCGGGGUCCCUGCAUUGUACUGCAUUGUACGAAUUUACCAAUUAAUUGGAAAUUCGUCGUUACAUCUACAAGACUGUUGGUUCGCCGUGGCCGUGUCAGCCCUGCACCUGGGCUGGGUGCCAUCAUUCAGACUAAUUCUUCUCUCUCUGAUUCUUUCAACAAAAUAAAUUGAAGCAGCAUGUGUUAAAAGUAGAAGGUUGGACAGUUUAAUCGAUCGUCGACUCGUCACGAUGCCACAACUGUGGGAAUCAGCUGACAAGAGCAUCCAGAAGAAAGUGUUGGAGCCGGGUGCGUUUACCAGGAAGCCAACGGAAUGCUCCACGUGCGUUAUCACUGUGGAAAAAAUAAACGUCGUUGGAACAUCCGAGGCGGAUUUGAGGGAGGAAUAUCACAGCGCUAUUCUCGAUGGUCAGUCCGAGAAGACUGUGAUUGUGGGAGAAGCCAGUUCAGAAAUUGACGAAAAGGUCGAGAGAGCGAUUUGUAUGAUGAAUAUCCACGAGAGGAGCCUCGUCACCGUCGCCAUGCCUCCAAUACGCUCGAAUGAAUCUCUAGUUAGUAGUGAACCUGUUACUGUUAAGUUCGAGAUCACAUUGACUCACUGUAAACGUCACAAACCUGUUUGGCAAUGGAGCGCAGAGGAAAAGUACCAGGUAGUCUCGAGAUACAAAGGGAGAGGCACUGAAUUGUUUAAUGAUUCCCGAAUCGCAGACGCGUUCCGUAAGUUCAGCAAAGCUUGCAAGCUUCUGAUAACGUUGGAGCCGAUAGCGGACCUGGGAUUAGACAAGCAGUUGGAAUGCGAUAUUAAUAAUUUAAGACUCGCAUUGUACAACAAUAUGGCUAUAUGCCAACUGAAACGGAAAAACUAUCACCACGUCGUUACACUGUGCACCAAGGUGUUGGACAAGGAUGUGGAUAACGUUAAGGCCUUGUAUAGAAGAGGAGUGGCGUAUGGUAAAAUGGGAGAUAACGAGAAAGCUACAACGGACUUGAAGGCGGUACUUACCUUGGAAUCUAGUAAUCACUCGGCGAAAGAACAGUUCGACGUCUACAACAACAGGCUACAAGAAUCGGUUCAGAGAAGUAACGAUAUGUUGAGACGAAUGUUCAAGAAUGUUCAACUUACUCCUAACUUAUAAGUUUUUGUACAUACAUUCAUCGAGAAAUAAAGUAUUUAUUUUGUAAAUAGAAAAA